GGCGGUGGCGGCCGUGCCUGACGUCACGGCGCGAUGGCCGCCCGCCCGCCCGGCAGCAUGGAGGCGGGGGCAGGCCCGGCCGGGCAGCGCUGAGAUGGACCUCAAGGGCCAGUAUUGGACAGAUGAUGACUCUGAUGGGGACAAUGAGUCUGAGGAGUUCCUCUAUGGCGUUCAGGGGACCUGCGCCGCCGACCUGUACCGUCACCCGCAGCUGGAUGCUGACAUCGAGGCCGUGAAGGAGAUCUACAGUGAGAAUGCUGUGGCCAUCAGGGAGUAUGGGACCAUCGAUGAUGUGGACAUUGACCUGCACGUCAACAUCAGCUUCCUUGAUGAGGAGGUGGCAACAGCCUGGAAGGUGCUGCGGACGGAGCCCAUCGUCCUCCGCCUUCGCUUCUCCCUCUCCCAGUACCUCGAUGGCCCCGAACCAUCCAUCGAGGUUUUCCAGCCAUCCAACAAGGAGGGCUUUGGGCUGGGUCUGCAACUGAAGAAGAUCCUGGGCAUGUUCACAUCCCAGCAAUGGAAACAUCUGAGCAACGAUUUCCUGAAGACACAGCAGGAGAAGCGGCACAGUUGGUUCAAGACAAGCGGCACCAUCAAGAAGUUCCGUGCUGGCCUCAGCAUCUUCUCCCCCAUCCCCAAGUCUCCCAGCUUCCCCGUCAUCCAGGAGUCGGUGCUGAAGGGAAAACUGAGCAUCCCUGAGGCUCGUGUCAACCGCCUGAUGAACCGCUCCGUCUCCUGCACCAUGAAGAACCCCAAGGUGGAGGUUUUCGGCUACCCUCCCCCCAGCACCCAGGCAGGUGUUGCCCCCUUCAACAUCCUGGUCGGUGGCCACUGCAAGAACAUCCCAACACUGGAGUACGGCUUCCUCGUCCAGAUCAUGAAGUACGCAGAGCAGAGGAUUCCAACACUGAAUGAGUACUGCGUGGUGUGUGAUGAGCAGCACGUCUUCCAGAAUGGCUCCAUGCUCAAGCCGGCAGUGUGCACCAGGGAGCUCUGUGUCUUCUCUUUCUACACCCUGGGCGUCAUGUCUGGAGCGGCGGAGGAGGUGGCCACGGGCGCUGAGGUGGUAGACCUGCUGGUGGCCAUGUGCCGUGCCGCCUUGGAGUCUCCCCGCAAGAGCAUAAUCUUUGAGCCUUACCCCUCUGUGGUGGACCCCAAUGACCCCAAAACACUUGCCUUCAAUCCCAAGAAGAAGAACUACGAGCGACUCCAGAAGGCCCUGGACAGUGUGAUGUCCAUCAGAGAGAUGACCCAGGGCUCCUACUUGGAGAUCAAGAAGCAGAUGGACAAGCUGGACCCCCUGGCCCAUCCCCUCCUGCAGUGGAUAAUCUCCAGCAACAGAUCUCACAUUGUCAAGCUGCCCCUCAGCAGGCAGCUGAAGUUCAUGCACACCUCCCACCAGUUUCUCCUGCUCAGCAGUCCCCCAGCCAAGGAAGCUCGCUUCCGCACUGCCAAGAAGCUCUAUGGCAGCACCUUUGCUUUCCAUGGCUCUCACAUUGAGAACUGGCACUCCAUUCUCCGCAAUGGGCUAGUCAACGCGUCCUACACCAAACUACAGCUGCAUGGAGCAGCCUAUGGGAAGGGCAUCUAUCUGAGCCCCAUCUCCAGUAUUUCCUUUGGAUACUCAGGGAUGGGGAAAGGGCAGCACCGGAUGCCUUCAAAGGACGAGCUGGUGCAGAGAUACAACCGGAUGAACACCAUCCCCCAGACCCGCUCCAUCCAGUCCCGCUUCCUCCAGAGCCGCAACCUGAACUGCAUCGCGCUGUGUGAAGUCAUCACCUCCAAGGACCUGCAGAAACACGGCAACAUCUGGGUCUGCCCCGUCUCAGACCAUGUCUGCACCCGUUUCUUCUUUGUGUAUGAAGAUGGACAAGUGGGAGAUGCCAAUAUCAAUACUCAGGACCCCAAAAUCCAGAAGGAGAUCAUGCGUGUGAUCGGGACUCAGGUCUACACAAACUGAGAGGUGGUGGCAGGGCCCACCCUGGGCAAUAAGCAGAGACCCCUGGGCAUGGCCAAGGAGGACAAGUGGGUUUUGAGGCUCCCAGGCUGGGCAAAUGGGGCUGAGAUUGGUGGCUUCAUGCUGUACACAGGUAGCCAGUAAGCACCUGGUGGGUUUAGUGGUCCCUUGUCCCCUCCCCGUCCUGUCCCUCAGUGUCCCCCACCCUGUGGCAGAGUGGAGAGGGAGCUGGCGGGGCUGGUGGCUGCCCCUCUUGGCGUCAGCAGCGAUGGCAUUUUUAUCAGUGACAAGUAACUGAAGCAAAAAAAAACCAAAACAACAACAAAAAAAUCAACCAAACGACCAAAACAAAUCCAAAACGACAG